AUGUCAUCGUAAAAUUUCAACAGAACUGGCAGCACAUCCCAAGCUGUAAACAGUUCCUAGGGAGCAAAUACUUAGCAGACCUACCAAUCUCGAUAAACACUUAUUAAGAGCUAUCAGUCGCAAAACUCUCGAUUUAAUUUGAAUUUGAAGGAUGUAGGCUAGAAUUUGUAUAUAGAUGAAAGUGAUGAUUUAAUUAGAAAUUUAUCAACAACUGAAAGAUAAAUUAAUCAACAGUAGCAAAUAUAGAAUCAAUAUAGCACCCUAAUUGUUAUUGAAAAUUCUAAAUAGCAGACAGCAUUUUAAGACUCUGUGAUUAAAGUAAAUGAACAGAACUUAAAGAUAAAUUAUGAGGACCAGUUUGAAAAGAAUUACUCUUUUUCCUCAAUUUUCUCUAAUACCAAAUAACUCAUAAGAAAAUAAAUAGUGGACGCUAUCAACAAAAAGCAUGAUGUAUUUAGUAUUGCUUAUGGUCAGAUAGAAGGGAAAUGCAAACAGAUUAUAUUGCCUAAUAUGUUCGAUAUAAUUCAUGAAAUGGGAAUAAAGAACAAAUUGCAAAUAAAGGCAGAAUUUCAUGUCAUUAGACCUAAAGAUAUAAAGAAAUUAGUGAUUCUUUUAGAUCCUUCUCCUUAGGAGUUUAAGGCGGCGUUGCAAAAACUACCUAAGAUUUGUGUAAAAAUCUCUCAUCUCUUGAAUUAACUGUAGCAUAAACUUAUUGUUUUGAAAUUGGAGUCUCCUUAGAAUGAAUUGAUAGUACUGAAAUAUUUGGAUGUUUAUGGUUUCACAAAGUCUCUAACUAAUAAGAUAAUGAACAACCAGUGCCUGUAAGAUCUGAUAGAAUAAGCAGGAGAUAAGAAUAAGAUAAGUGAACAGGAUUUAAUUGAGAAUGACAUCUUCUCGCUCAGAGAUAUGAUAGUUGAUUUUAGCUCUCCUGAAACCGUUUAAAAUAAAACUAUUUUGAGUUAAUUGGUAAGAGAAGAACUGCUCAAAAGAUAAAAGAUAUGCCUCAUAGGAUUCAUUCAAAAUAGCAUUCAGCAUUUCCACGAAAAUUUAAACACUUUAGAAUUUUGCAGCAGAUUUCAAUAUAGCAUGAGAGAAUUCGAUUUACUCAAGUAAACAUCAGAUGAUGAAAUAACAGAAAGAAGCUUUGAAGAUCAUGAUGUAUAAUUCAAUCCAUAGUACCCAACUGACAAUAACAAUGAUAAUUAGUAAAGCCUAAGCAAGCGAGAUAACAUCUUUAUACCCACUCACUAGUAGCUCUAUGAGCACCAUUAACAUAGACAAUCCGGACUAGCAAUCAGUUCAAAAGUACUAGGAAUUGAAAUGCAAAGUGAACAACUUCCUAACAGAGUUGAGAAAGUCAGACAAUCAUGUUCAGAUGAUUCUUCCAGCUAGAUAAUAUCAUAGCAAUCUGAUUUUAAGUUUCCUGAUGGUUCCUCUAAAAUUUCUAAGCAAAUGCUUAUCAUUGAGACAUUAUCAGCUUUAAGUCAAAGUUUAUAGAGCUCUCAAUAGUAAAAUCAAUUCAAAGAAGCAUCAGUUCUCUCCAAUUUGCAGCAUCAAAGAUAAAUACUAGCAUUCGAUAACCAGAAUUAACAGUAGCCUAAGAUGUCUUCAAAGGAUCCAUAAGUUAAAAUAAAGUUCAAAAUUGAUAACAUGAAUUCAUUAUCUCCAAUCAGGAAAAGCACUAAGGAAAUAUAAAAUUCAAACUCAAAGGCAAGUAAAUAACUGCUGAAAAGGACUGUAAUUGAUUGUGAAAACCAAAACUCAAACAUCCAAGACUCAGAUAUCAAAAGCGUUCCAAAAAGAAGACUAAACUUCAAUAAUUCAAUUCUCAAGAAUGUUUAGAUUAUUGAAAAAUAGCUCAGCAAUUCUGAAUAUGAAAAAAUGCAAUAGUCAAUUGUAAAUGAAAUGAUAAUAACCUAGAGUUUAUUUAGCUCAUCCUAAAUCGAAAACAAGCCAGAGUCUAGCAAUAAUAAUUAAAAUCAGCAAUAGUUAUCAUCUCAUGUAAACUAAGAAGAAGAGUUAAAUUAAAGUAAUCAGAAUAAUCAAAAUUAAGAUGAGAGCAAUCACUUGAAUAUCUAGUCAGAAGAGGAGUCUUAAGAUUAAAUCUAGCCAAGAUAAUUGGAGUAUCAAUUAUAGAUACCCUCAAAUGAAAGAGAAUAAGAAGUUAUCGCUGAGUUUUAGGACGAUAUUAAAGAUAUUACAAACAAUACUAGUGAAGACUACCAUUAGGCAAUGCUAAUAAUAAGAUAAAGCUUUGCUUAAUAGUCUUAAUUCUUUGGCACUCUAGGUUAAUUCUUUCUGUAGCCUAAAGAGAAAACAAAAAAAAAUCAAUUGCUUAAAUGCAUAUCGUGCAAAUCGUUGAAAGAGAGUUAGAAAGGAUCUGUUCACAGAUAUGAAAACUAUAACUCCUAGCAAGUCAAGUAAAUUUAGAGACCGAGGAGGGGCAGUAGUUCUAAUUUAAGUUUUAUAAACAGAAAUUUGGAAUUCAACUCGAACAUCGCCAGUAAUAACUAGAAUAAAAACUUACAAGAGAUUCGAUAGCUUAUGCCAGAGUAAAAGCAGAUAUAUUUUAGCAAUUAGACGAGGAGAUCUAGAAACUCAGAGAUGGAGUAAUACCAGCAUCACAUGAAUACUGAGAGAUUUACUUCUUUACCAUAGUUGGUCAAACCACCUAUUGCAAAAAAUUGUGUGAAACUAAAGCAUCAUUAAUAGAAGUCUGAUUUUUUGGCAUCUAUUUAGGAUAACAGAAAUCUGAAUAAGGUUACUCAGCAAAACUUUAUGAGGGAAUAAGCAAUUAAAAAUGAUUCAAAUCAAUACAUAAGUAAAAACUAACUCAAGACUCAUCUAUAUAAUUCAGACAGAAAGUUUAAAGACGAUGAAUGA